AUGCAUAGUGCAUCGCUGAACGAGUGGCCAAGAUUCCGUGCCGGUGAGUACACGCCGUACGUAGCGCACAGGCUUACCGAGAUCACCGAGUUAACAAACGCAAAGCAGUGGCGAUGGGUACCAACGGACAAGAAUGUAGCGGACGCAGCCACACGAGCAGGAAAUACCGCACUCACAAGCACGAACAGCUGGUUUAGGGGACCGCGAUUCCUAUUAGAAUCGCCCGACACGUGGCCCCAAGAGAGCGUAGGAAAAUCAACAACAAUUUCACGCGAAAUCGUAGCGCACGCGACGGAAGUAACGCCGCUAAUAGACGUCACGCGGUUCUCGUCGUAUACGCGGUGCGCAAGAACGUUAGCACGAGUCCUGUUGUUUGUCGCGAAAUGCCGAAAACAACCGAAAUGCCUGGACGUAACGUUAAUCGAGCAAGCGGAGCGAUUGUUAUUAAAGCAGGCGCAACGAGAAAGCUUCGCAGAUGAAAUCAAGGCGCUCGAUUGCGGCAGAGGCGUCCCGCGCACUAGCCGCGCGUUUAAGUUGAACGUUUGUAUAGACGAAGACGGGUUAUUGCGCUUGAGAGGACGGAUUAACGCAGCCGACGUUCCGGAAAUUAGAAAACGGCCGGUCCUACUCGAUGGCAAGCACCCGCUCACACGUCUUAUCGUUCUUAAGGAACACCGUGAAAACGCUCACAUCGGUCGCGAACACGUAGUAAAUAAUUUACGGCAAAAAUAUUGGGUGAUAGGCAUACGCGCCGUGGUAAAAUCAGUUAUAGGUAAAUGUGUCACAUGCACGGUGAAGAGACGCAACCCAAGUGUGCCCAUAAAGGGCAACCUACCGCGGGUACGACUAGACAUGUAUUCCCGUCCAUUCGCGAGUACAGGGGUAGAUUGUUUCGGCCCGAUGACGGUCACGGUAGGUAGGCGCAGAGAGAAACGGUGGGGAAUGCUAUUCACGUGUAUGACGACGCGCGCGAUACAUUUAGAAAUUUUACAUAGUUUGAGUACGGACUCAGCCAUAAUGGCAUUGCGUAGGAUGGCCGCGCGACGCGGAUGGCCAGCGGUUAUAAUGAGCGAUAACGGUACUAACUUUCGCGGCUCCGACGUCGAAUUAAGACGCGCCUACGCAGAGUGGCUUCCAGAGUUGGAAGGAUGCGCGCUGGGAAGAAGAACGAAGUGGAGGUUCAUCGACCCGGGCGCACCCAACCAAGGGGGUAGCUGGGAACGACAAAUUCGUACAGUAAAGAGCGCAUUGUCGGUUAUAUUGAAUGAGCAAGCACCCCGGGACGAAGUGCUACAGACGUUGAUGAACGAGGUCGAGUUCACAGUAAACUCGCGACCGCUUACGCACGUUUCCGUCGACCCUGAAGACCCAGAGGCGUUAACUCCGAACCACUUCUUACUAGGAACGGCAGACGGUAUGCCAGUGUUAGGAUCCAGUAACCGGUUAGAUAGGCGGGUUUGGCGAGUUUCGCAAGCGUUAGCCGACGCUUUCUGGGCUAGAUGGGUUAGGGAAUAUUUGCCUACGCUUACACCUAGGGGAGACGCGGUACGGUCGACGCCAAACGUUAAGGAAGGGGACGUAGUGUUGAUAACAGACGGAAUAUUACCGCGCAACGUGUGGCCUCUAGGGCAAGUAGAACGUGUGUACGAAGGGACGGACAAGGUGGUGCGAAGCGCCGACGUAAGGACCAAAGGGGGGAUUUUAAGGCGACCCGUGAGGAGGUUAGUCGUCCUCCCGAUAAAUGAGGGCUCCGAGGUUCUGCGCCGGGGGGAGGAUGUUACGGACGACAACCUAAUCCUAUAA